AUGAAGCUGGCGGUUUUUAGCGCGAAAUCCUACGAUCGCACCUAUUUGGAUCAGGUACUGGAGCGGAAGUUUCCACAGCUAUGCACCAUCGACUACCAUGCCUUUGCGCUGUCCGAGGAAACCGUGUCACUAGCCCAGAAUUGUGAUGCCGUAUGCGUCUUCGUCAAUGACACCCUGGACGAGCGCGUGCUGAGGGCUCUCCAUACUUACGGGAUUCGCGCCAUCCUCCUCCGCUGUGCGGGAUUCAACCAUGUCCAUCUGGCAACGGCCGAAGAGCUGGGCCUCUUUGUGGCGAAUGUCCCCGCAUACUCCCCCGAGGCCGUGGCGGAGUUCGCUGUCGCCCUGAUACAAACCCUGAACCGCAAGACCCACCGCGCAUAUAAUCGUGUACGGGAGGGCAAUUUCAACAUCGAGGGUCUCUUGGGGAAUACUCUGCAUGGCAAGACCGUAGGCAUUGUCGGCGUGGGCCGUAUCGGCCUGGCAGCCGCGCGCAUCUUCCAUGGCUUCGGAUGCCGACUACUUGCGCACGACCCAUUUGCCGGCGAGGAGAUUCGUCAGUAUGGGACGCUCGUCGACCUGGAUACCUUGCUGCAGGAGAGCCAUAUUGUUAGUCUGCACUGCCCUCUCACGGAGAGCACGAAGCAUCUUAUCAAUGAGGAGACGCUAGCGCGCAUUCGACCGGGCUCAAUGCUGGUCAAUACCUCACGCGGUGGACUCAUCGACAGUACGGCGGUCAUCCAAGCGCUGAAGACAAAACAACUGGGGGGACUGGCGUUGGAUGUCUAUGAAGCUGAAGGCGAGCUUUUCUAUAACGAUCACUCGGGCGAGAUCAUUGAGGACGAUGUCCUGAUGCGCCUAAUGUCUUUCCAUAAUGUCUUGAUCUGUGGUCACCAGGGUUUCUUUACCCGCGAGGCACUUGAGGAAAUUGCCGAGGUCACCCUCGGGAAUUUAUCUGACUUGGUGUCGGCACGUCCAUGCAAGAACUCCCUGGUCACGGAGGGACAUCAACUUGCCCGCCGUGACACGGAGCCAGUGAGGCUUUAA